AUGGCGACCCCGCGAGCCCGAAUCCUAGACCUCAUGCGUGUGUCAUGUAGGCUUUUCAAUACUCACUUCAAUCCCACUGGAGAGCGUACCGGAAACAAGAUUCUGCGAGAGCGGUUAAAGGGUCCCACCCUUCUUCAGUAUUACCCUAAGGAACAAUUCUCGAUUAAACAGUUCAAGCGAGCCUUCCCAGACCUGUCCAUGUCCGAUGAGAAGGAAGAGAUAAGAUUGGAAUCCGUCGAAAGUCAUAAAUUACGAGGAAAGGGCAAACCCAAGAAGUACAAGUUGGGACGAGAGAGAACAGCCGGGAAGAAGAAGUCCAAGCGGAAGUAA